GCGGUAUGAAUUACAGCAGAUGUCCGAGACACUGUAUUACUCAAUAUCGCAACCUGUUGGAUCACCUUCGACCGGCAGACUUCAUUUGGCGUCCAUACCUUAAUAUGGAUCAUGAGCAUCAGAUCAACCCUGAAGACGCAGCCGUAUGGACAACAUGCACACCAAUAAUACGGUUCACAACAGUGGAGCUGCACAACACCGAUCGUGUGAAGCUGCAGUUUGGUAUGGUCCAGAAUAUCCCAGAUCCCCCAGCUAGCCUAGGAGAAUGGCAUAUGCGUAAAGUGAACGACCAAUGGAACUUCAACCCUUGGCAACAAUUCGCAAGAUCAGAGUGUCGCAAGUGGAAGCACCGUCAUGACCAUGUCUUAACUGACGCAGUCAUGCCAAAUGAGGUAAAACCAAGUCGUACUUAUAUGGCUUGGUAUAGAUCAGUUGGAUUUCAAUUCAUCGCCGAUGAUAUGUACCUCUACGACCCACGCCAGACAACUUACACACAAGAAGCCUCAACAUCUAACCCCCAACAACAUUCUCAGCCCAAUUACUCACAACCACCUACCCGACAAACUUUCCGUUCCACAAACACACAAACAUACAACCAAAACAUGCCAUUCACCCAACCCCAAAACCAAGAACAUCCCCCAUACCACCACCAACAAAUGGACCAUCAACCUUCGACCGAACAUCGCUUCGCACCCACACCAUCACCCUACCAAAGUCGCCUUACCCAAAACACUAACCGCCCCAUCACCUACCGUAGCCAAGAACCCCAAACAUCACAAUACCAAAACAUCCCACAACCAUAUCUCUUCCAAACACCCCAACAACCUUUCCAACCUUUCCUAGACCCAUCAUUGUCACCCAUGUCCCCCUUCAACCGUCCUGGUCGCCCAUCCAUGAGUCAACCACACCCCAACUUCUCUGGCAUGGGUCAUGAGCUCAGCUACGCCGGUACACCAUCAUUGAAUACUGAAGACUAUGCUGAGUUGGCUGAAUACCUCAACGGAUCUUCUCCUGUAGGCGGUAAUGACGCUCCUGGACCAUCAGAUGAACAAACACCGGUUCAGAAUCGUCAACGUGGGUUAGGGCCAAGGGUUAGGAUAGCUAGGGGAUGUGGGACCGGAGGUCGGUUAGGUGAUCCCGGUCAUCACCAUUAGGAUUCAUUGUGUAAAAUCCAAAUUUUAUUAAUAUCAAUUCGUAUUAUGUCAAA